AUGGGACCACAGAGCUUCGCACCUUCUCCAAGGUCGUUGUUGAUCCUUCCAAAUCAUAUCACCUGGUCGAGCAUUUCCCCCUCCAUUUUUUCCCCCUCUCGACUUUACUCCUUCACCUCACCCGUUACCUGGCCUUUCAUCAUCAACUAUCAACUUCUCACUCCUACACCCAUUGAGAGAGAAAUCAUGCCUAUACCCACCCCAAGCACUAGCACUAUGAGCGACACGGAGCCAACAGAUUACCCUGAGUGGUACAUCAACAAACAUGGAGAAAGAGUUCGCUUCACCCCAUGGCCACACCCCAGACACCCGCGCCAUCUAAAAGCGGCUGGCCUUCGCCCGGUCUGGACCCUUCGCUGGCAAUAUCCCGAAGGAGAAAUCCCGGAUGACAUCACUUGCCUCAUCGGUUCGCAGACAAUCUCAUUCGCCAUCGGUCCCCUCAAAAGUCUGGUCUGGUUAGCUGGCCGUGAUGACCUAGUUAAUGCUCUUAACGACCCAACAUCCCCAAUUACCGACCGGAUCUGCACUGUACCGCCAUCGGUGAAUAUCAACUGGGUGAUCGGUCUCGUCGAUAUGGGACUCGCACUAUAUCGCAAUCAGCCCUCACCAUCGGCCGACAUGCUCCAGCCCGGCGAUGCGAUGAAGAUUUCCUUUCCAGACUGCCUCGCGAACGGACUACACACCUAG